UGAUGUGACAUUUCUGUAAAUGUAACCACAACUAGUUGUUGUCUUUCAGAGCUCAGAGCUGAAAAUGUCAAGCGUUGUGAGUUAUAGUUUACUGUUGGUGAUCUGUUUCAGUAGAUACUCAUUACAAGAUCCACAUUUGAAAGGUACGAUGGUAAAGAGAUAUCUCGGGGAAAACGUCACCAUCCCUUGUGCAACUGAAGACAACAAUCAGCAUGGGGUUUACAUGUAUAGGCAUAAACCAGGAGAGAUUAAACAACAGAGAAUCUUCUACUUUUACCAUGAUGGCACUUUAACUAGUAAUGAAGAUGCAAAUGUCAACAUAACAAUAAGUGGAGAAUUUCCCAGCUUCACCAUCACCUUCUUAAACCUGACUGUGACAGACAGCGCCCUGUACUGGUGUGAAUUUAAUUAUGAAGAAAAAAUCACGUUUAGCAAGAUCACAGGUUUAUCAGUGAUGGAUCCAUGUCCUGACCCACCUGAAGAUCCCAAAGAAGAAGAUAAUUUUCUCCUCUAUGUGACGAUUGGCUGCACUGUAUUUAGCGUCAUAUUUCUGCUGUGCAUCAUCUGUGUGAUUGUGAAGGUGAAGAACAGCCGUAUAUAUGAACCUGCAAAAUCAUCUGAGUCCUCGGUCUAUGAAGAGAUGAACAGAACCAAACUGGAUUCAAUGUCCACAUUAAUAAACCCUGCAUAUCAAUCUUCAAGGCAAGUCCGCUAAACAUCUGUGCUUGAUAACAUUUCAUUCAAUUCAACUUUUAAAUAUUAUUUUUAUAUAAAAUGAGUUUUAUUUCAGUUUUAUCUUUAUUUUAAUUAACACAAAAGAAGAUAUUCGAUAAAUGAUGGUAAGCACACAGUGUAAAAAAAUCUGUAGAAAUUGCAGCUGGGUUGCCGGUAAUUUACCAUAGAUUUAAAUUUAUGUUUUGUUACUGGCAACAUUUUGUUCAAAGUUAAAUGAACAUUAAACAUUUACAAGUCUUUGUCUUUACAGAAUAAAACUAAAAAAACAGCAUCAAGCAAAACAUUCUGGGAAACAAAAUCUAAAGCAAAAAACUGAAAAAGGUUGAUGAUGAUUUCUGGUUCCCAGAAUGCUUUGCAUGAGGCUGUUAUUGUAUAGUUUUAUUCUGUAAAGAUAAAGACUUAUUAAUGUUUAAAAUUUAUUUAACUUUGAACAAACUCUUGCCAGUAAAUAACAUUAAUUUAAAUCUACGGUAAAUUACCGGCAAACCCAGCUGCAAUAACAUUGUAAUUUCUACGGAUUUUUUUUACAGUGCACAGUUGACGAUACCCAUUGAUUUUUAUCUUAUUUGUUUAAGUCAAUGGUUAAAAUCAGUUGUGUGCUUACCAUCAUUUAUCAAAAUAUCAUCUUUUGUGUUCAUUACAAAAAAUCAAUGAGAUUGAGAAAACUAUUUUACAUUUUUUGGGUGAACUAUCGCUUUAAAAUGUUUUUAUUUACAUUUUUUAUAUUAGAUUUCAUAAGAUUUUACAUGUACAGUAAAUACAUAAGCUUUUAAUGUAUAAAUGUGUGAGCUAAAAUAAUAAAUGUCUCUUUUUUGUUUGGAGAAAUGUAUGCUAAAUAAAUAAAUGUAUUUGUAAAUGUAUAAAAGAAAGCAAAACAUCUGACCCUACUUGUGAAAAACCAGCCAAAGUAUUGUAUGUGUGUUUUUUCUACAUAAAAAACAAAAACAAAUCUGAACCUAAGAUUCACGUAACAAAUUUUCACAUUAUUUCACUAGAUCUCCAUCAGAAAAAAAAAAACAUUUCUGAAGUUUCCAUUUCUGAAAGAUCUCUGUAAAUACACAAAAAUGUGAAUGUGAAUGUAAUAAUAGAAUAAUAGAGAUGUAUGUUUGUGUUGAAAUCUUUUAUAAUCACAUCGAACAAUGAAAGCAUUCAGAUGGACUCAUCUUUGAUGAGUUAUUUCCUAAUCUAUGCAGAAGGUCAUUGUGGUAAUGGUUUGUUUGUUUCACAGUAAACAUACGAAGCGCACAUUAUAGAUAUGACACAAGUAUAUGCAGUGUUUGUCAGUGGUGUUUAUGUCUCAAUGUUGGUUUCCACUCUGAACCAGGUAACUUCCUGUAAGCAUCCAAGCUCUUCUUGCAAAGCAACUGUGGUCACAUUUCCUUCCACCCUUUAAAAGUUUUUAACUUGACUCAUACUGACUAACAAAUGUGUUUCAUGUUUUGUAGUUUAUGCACUGUGUGCAUCCUUUUUUUGAGGACCAUUUCAUUUAAUCGUGUUUUGCUUUUAUAAAACGUAUGCUGAUUUAAACUGUAUUUUAUAAAGUUUAUUGUUGCACUGUUCUGUCUUUAUUUGUUAUAAUCAUGGUUUUAUUAAUCAUUGUAAUCCAACAGUCUCAGUGCUUUGAAUAAUUGUAACAUUUUAACAAAUUGAAUCAUUAAAAUAAUCAAAAAAUGUA